AUGGAAGGAGACGACGAAGGCGCGGCGUUCUCGUCUCCUGCCGGAGCUCCGCCCUCCUCAAGACUCGCCUCUGGAAGCUCGCCCGCGUCAAACGAGGUGUCGCCUUUUGGCGCUGGACCUCCCAGUCAACCUGCGUUGUUGUCUUCGACGUCUCCCUCUUGUUGCUCGCCUGUCCUUCCUGCUUUCUCAUGUUCUCCCUCAGUCCCAAUUUCCGUCUCUGGCGUGGAAAACGGCGUGGCGCCCCCGCCCUUGACUGGGACGAACAAGCGGAGCUUAGCAGCCAUGGAACAGGGCACAAGUCAGCCUUUGGACUCUUCUGCGCGCCGAGCGCUGUUGGGGAUGGUCCCUCCGCAAGUGGCUAGGCCAGGCAGGUGUAACGUCGUGACUGAAAAUAUUACUUGA